UGUUCUUUCUCACUAGAUGACCCAGGAGCAGUACAUCCUGGCAUCUCAGCCGAACCCCCUCCAAAGGCCGGGAUGUGCUACUGUGUACCCUGUGGGGAUUUAUGGCUGGCGAAAGCGCUGUCUCUAUUUCUUCAUCCUCCUUCUCCUCGUCACCAUGAUCGUCAACCUAGCUUUGACCAUCUGGAUUUUAAAAGUCAUGAACUUCACCGUGGAUGGCAUGGGAAAUCUCCGCAUAACCAAAGAGGGCAUCAGAUUAGAGGGUGUGUCGGAGUUCCUUCUACCACUUUAUGUGAAAGAGAUCAAAUCCCGACGGGACAGUCCCCUGGUCUUACAGUCAGACCGCAAUGUGACAGUGAAUGCACGAAAUAACCUUGGCCAGCUGACAGGACAACUCACUGUGGGCUCAGAGAUGGUAGAAGCCCAGUGUCAGCGGUUCGAGGUGAAAAGUAGUGAUGGCGAGAGAGUUCUCUUCUCUGCUGAUGAAGAGGAGAUCAGUAUUGGCACAGAUAAAUUGAGGGUCACAGGCAACGAGGGAGUUGUGUUUAGUCAUUCAGUGGAAACACCACACGUUCGAGCUGAACCAUUCCAAGAUCUGAAGCUAGAGUCUCCAACAAGGACACUGACACUGGAGGCUCCCAAAGGUGUUGAAGUGAACGCGGGAGUAGGGGAAUUCAAAGCUUCUUGUAGGAAAGAUCUCACUUUAGAGUCUUCAGAAGGAGAGAUCUUCUUAAAUGCAAACUCAAUCCGUCUUGGAAAUCUUCCACACGGGAGCGUGGACCUAUUGCUUGGUCCAGGGACCACAUACUCCAAACAGACUGUGUACGAGGUGUGUGUAUGUCCCAGUGGCAAGCUCUAUCUGUCUCCUGCAGAGAGCUCUUCCACCUGCCAGACCACUAAUAGUGUGUGUCUCUGGAGCUGAGAAAGGUGGGUGGGCCAUGGACCACCCAGCACCAGAAAGGCCUUCCUUCACCUUCCCUCUCUUGCUCCUUUCCUUCCUCCUCUGGUUUCCUCUAUCUUAUUCUUUUUCUUUAUUCUGUAAUGUCUUUCUUUUAUCCACACUUACAUCUGUCCAUCUGCCCUUACAUUUGUCCAUCCAGUAUCUGUCUAUCUAUCUAUCUAUCUAUCUAUCUAUCUAUCUAUCUAUCUAUCUAUCUAUCUAUCUAUCUAUCUAUCUAUCUAUCUAUCUAUCUAUCUAUCUAUCUAUCUAUCUAUCUAUCUAUCUAUGUCUUUCUGUCCGUCAUCAAAGCAUCUUUCUCAUAAUGGCCGUGAAUCCGUCUUUUACUUUAUUUUGUCCUUUCUUGGUCUUCCUCUUGUCUAUUCUCCUCCUCUUUCAAUUUGUUCUCUUUCCCAUUUUCCUCUUCCUCUUUGUCCUCUCAAGCAGAAUUCAGGAAUCAUUUGACGUAUCUUGGCUCGGCUGGAGCCUCAUGUCCCCAAUCUGUAAAUGGAGCAGAAACUCUCUUGUUUUUUGUUUUUUUUUUGUUUUGUUUUUCUGUGAGUGUUUUGUUCCUCUUAUUUUUGUACGAGCGUCUGACUCAGUGGAGGAUUGUGAAUGUGUGCCGGGACGCUGGACUGCACUCAUGAAUGAGCACACACACGGCGACCCGCAGACGAGCGCGUGUUUUUUUCUAAAGAAGAUACUAAGGUGCCUUUGCUACUGUUAGUAAAGCACAUCACCUGCUACUGUCCCUCCACGCUCCACGUGCAGUAAGACUAACCUCCGCUAGGAAAACUGACCGAACGAACCCUGUACUCUAUUUUUUAGUUCAUUGGUCGAAAAGAUAAUACGAUAAACCGAAAAGAAAACAUUUUUUUUUUUUUAAUCUCUUGGAUGUUUCUUUUCUUUUUUUCUUUUUUUUUUGGAAAAAAGCACAAGAUUAUGCCAUGUAUAUAACAACAUUAAUAAAUAAUAAUAAAAAGAGAAAGUUUAUUUUAAGAAUUUUGUAUUCAAGAAUGCUUGAUAAUGUUUCUUUUUAUUGCUUUGGUCUCAUGGACACUAGGAUGGGCCAGUGUUAAAAAAAAAAUAUAUAUAUGUUUGUUUAUUUAUUUAUUUUUUUAUUUUAUUUUAAAACUCUUUCCUGUUAUCAAUCAAACUAAACUUUUGGAUUGUGUUUAGGUCUUAACUAAAAUUGAUCCUGCCAGUCAAAAAGAGGUGCCAUAAUAUAUAUUUUUUUUUUUCUUGGUAAUUCUCUCCACAUGAUGUAGUGUAAAACUCAAUACUGCAAGUUUAUUAUUAAUCAUCAUUGUUACAUUAUUUACUGUUUUUAGAGUUUCAGACCAUGGACCACUGCACUGGAGUAAAUUGAAAUAUGAUUUAGAGGCACGUUUCUGCAAAAAAGAUCUCACAGUGAAAGUACACUGCCAAUAUGGAAUAACCUAUGAAGUUAUGUAGGGAAAAGUGUAUACAGUUAUGAGAAACGGUUAUUGACCCAUUUGGAAUAAUAUGAAUUUAUGCAAGAGUAGCUCCUAAAAUAUAAUUUCAUAGUAAUAAAUUAAAUGAUAAUCAAAGAUAGUUCUAUUUUAUAAGCAAAAUGCACAAAUUUAGAAGCCAUUCAUGUAACGUUCCAAUUCCAAAGAGGUUAACAAACUUAUUGUACAGCAGUGAUCCAAUAUCACUUGUGUUUAUGACGGUCAACAAACUCAUUAUGACACAUGAAACAUAGUCGUUUGAGAAUUUUGACAGCAGUUUUCUUCAGUUGCGAGAGACAAGUAUGUUUGGCAAUAGGAGAUAAAAAGUGUAUAACAACUGAAGCAUAUAGCUCUAUGUUUAAAAGCUCAACUUUGUUUUUCCAAGAUAUCCAAGCCACAAAUGCCCGCAUAACCGUUUAAAAUAUGGAAGAACCUGACUAGAUUAACACAGAACCCAGCUAAUGUAUAGUAGUAUGAGGUGCUUAGCAUCAAAAUAACUAUUUAUUUAUUUUUGUGUUUGCGUUCUGUAGGAGAGAUUUCUUAAAUUAAAAAAAAAGAUAUAUUUUCUUACAAAUUCUAUGCAAUGUGUUUGUAAGAUUGCUGAUCUCACAGCAAUUCGUACGAUUUAUUUAUUUUUUUCCUGAGGUCGCUAAUUCAUACGCAUUCAUACGACCUCACUUGUUCAAAUUCGACCGAUGUUUGCUAAUUCAUACAUAUUUUACGAGUUACCAACCCCUGAACCCGCCCCUUAACCUACCCAUCACGUGGGUUUAGAUAAAAUUAGCCACCUUUUAAUCACUCGUACGAAUUGGUCAUGAGAUAGCGUUGAGAUUGCUGUGAGGGUGGAAUAGUAUUCAUUUAUCUGAGGUCAUGUUAAUGUCCUAGAUUUUCUUUUCAUCAUAACUCCAGUAUUAUACCAUUCAAAUGAAAGUGGCUCAUGAAGCGAGUUUGAAAAUCAUUAGAAAUAAACAUGAAAUGAACACAUGCAAUUAUGUUUUUUUGGAAAAUGAACCCCAAUCACAGUCUUUCCCUUUGUUUGCUUUUCAUGUUGUUUCCCAGCAAUGUCAGUGCCAUUGACAUUUGGCAGAGUCCAGGGUAGUUGAUUUAUUUUCUGUGAAGAUAAUAAUGGACAUAUGUUACUACAUCCCCCAGUCUCUGUCUUUCUUUCUUUCCAUUUUCUUUCCAUUUUCUAUCAAUUUUUGACUAGAAUGGGUAGACGCAGGCAGAGGCAGUCUUUGAGGCUUUCGGAUCAAAUUUACCAUGAAAUAGAACAUCUUCAUAAAAGGAUGAGGUCAGUGCUUUGGUUAGGACUCACUCUUCUGGCACCUCCACCAUCAUUUGGAAAAGCAGAGAGGUCUUAUAAAGCUUACGAACUCUGGGAGUGAAGCUAAACAUCAGAGGAGAUUGAGGUCCAUAAAAAGCAUACUCAUUCUUCACUGUGUUUUGUGCUCAUAAAAUUUGACGCACUAUUAAAAACGUGUUUCGAGUGUAAAACAAACACCCUUUAGGGUUUGUUUCUUUUUUAACAUGUGUACUCAUUUUGUGUUAUUGCACUUUAUUUACCCUUUUAUGUGUUUUAAAAUGAGAUUUGACGGUGAAAUAUGAUUAAAUCUGUUUCCAAGGGCUUUGAAAAAACUUUGUUGAGUCUUGAGAUGCAGAUUCAUCACAAAUUCUUAUUGUUGAAUGCAAUCUGUACUAUAGUGUUUGAAAGUUGAACUAGAUUAAAAAUAGCUUCACUAAACAAUUACGAACUUGUCUAGGACAAAACAGCUGUUGACUGAGUUCACUCGGAUUGAAUAGCGUCUACGAAGAUAGCUGAAAUUAAUUUUAGUUGUAUUCUUCUCUAAAUAAUGAAUGUUUUUGAGAUGCCUCAUUGGCAUUCAUAAGGGAUAAACGCGUUAUAUAAAGCAUUGAGAGGUAGACAGACAGCUCACAACCCCCAGGAGGCAAAUGACUGAAUCCACAUGUAAACGUUUUUACAGUUUUCAUCUAUUACAGUUGAUGUUUCUGUUUUCACUAUCAUUCUUACCUCAAUUGUCUCCCGCUUUUUCGGUGAAUUUACACCAUGAGACCCAACAGUAUGUGGUCAUGAACAACAACAUUCAAAGUGGCAUUUACAGUCACUUUUGCAUGUGGGUUUUCAGACUUAUUUGCCUCUGCCUGCGAUUUGUUUCAAUCAUUUCUAUUGUUUUCAAUGGAAAUUUGCUUCCUUUCUAUGUAAAUUGGGUUUAUUAUAUAUCGUGUCUUUUUAAUAUAAAUAUAUAUAUUUUUUAACCUUGUGCAAUUCAUGUUGAAUUAUUACUGCCCACGGAAUGUAAUUUUAAAGAGAUGUUGUUUUUUUGAUUUUCUGUUGAUCGUGGCAGCAGUAAUUCAUCAAAUGAUGUACAAGAGCAUUAUAACUGGGCAUAUAU